AUGGCGAUUAUGGAUAUUGCUCCACACGAUUUUAUUGUGGAAUACAAUGACUAUAACAGUGAUGCAAUAAAAACUGAUGUUCAAUUAAACACCCAAGAUAGUGAAAUUACAGCUGGGCCUAGUACAAGCUUUUCUCCUAUAAUAGAACCACCUCUUAUAACCACAGAACCACCUCCUGAAUUCAAUGAUGAGGUAAUAGAGGUUAUAAUGGACCAAGGUACCUCAAUGGUAAAUGUUGGAAUUAGUACCCCUAGAAAAAAAGACAAUAUUCGUAGGAAGCAGUCGGGUAAAAAGGGUCCUCAAAGCAUAAAAGAAGCAUUACAAGAGUCAAUAUUGAAGUCCAACUGUCAAUUUAAAAAAAAACAAUUAGAUAUGCUAGAAGUGGAACACCAGUACAAUGUAAGAAUUGCUGAAUUAAAAUUAAAAAAACUGGAACUUGAAAUAAAAUUAUUAGAAAAAAAGGAAGAACUC